AUGUCUUCUUGGCUCGCGAGUGGCAGGCCAUCCAUUCUGGACGCGCUGGUAGCUGCCUGCGACGGGAUUGACGAGCAAGCGCGGGCUGAGAUAAGAGACCGCGAUCGCAAGCAUGCUCAACUUUUAGAAGAGUUGGCAGCCCUCAAGAGCCGCGCCGGCGAGGUUGACCGUUUAAGCCGGCAGAAUGAAAGCCUUAGGGCUGAAAUCAGCCGGCUUUGUGAAGAGGGGAAAGAUGCUCUUGAUGCCUCUUCAGAGAAUCGGACAAUACUAAGCGAGCUGUCACCGAACAAGCCUACCGGCGAUCGACGUUCAGCAACUCUCCAAGCCCACUCUGCCGGUGGACCUUCAAACCCGGCGAAGGCAUACAUGAAACUGGCAGCUGAAUACAAAAAAGCCCGCCAAAUUAAUGAGGCGUACAAGACAAAGCUGCGGCAAAGACGGGAAGAGAUUUGCAAGUGGGCAGGCUACGCGGAUUCACUAGAGAAGAGAAUUCAGGAUCUCCACACCAAGUUGCAGAGGUAUCACGUUGCGACUGAUGGCAUCACUGAUGAGCAGAAGAGGACACACGCCUCACUGUCGGGAAAAGACUCGGUAUGCGAUACCCUGGAUGCUAAGAAGCCCCUCGCAGAUCUGAGUAUCGAGUUCAUUCCUGAGAGACUUGACAGCUCUGAAGAGACCGAGAGUGGUACGGGUGGUGAGAAUAUUGACUUGCCGUCACUUCUGACCUCGCCAACCGAGCAUCAUGAUGUCGCUGUCAAACCAGAGCCGCUAUCAGAUGAACCGGUCGUUGUGUCUGCCAGAUCAGUACGCAAGAGAAAGCACAGAAACCAAGACCUCGGAGAUGGACGAUUGCAGAGGAUCAAAUCUGAGCAUAGCAGCAGCUCGGGUAUUGAGGUCGUCAGCGAGACACCGCACUUUUCAGCUGCCGAGGCCAUUGAUUUCGAGGAGGAAGCACACGUUCCAACUCCAAGAAAACGCAGAUUCCUACCACGAGAGGACCAGGAAUAUGCUGUCGCAGACCUCGAAAGCACUUCAAAGCUGACGCUGGCUGAUGUUGCAAGGUCCGAAAUUCUGGGGGCAUUCAGCACACCGGAUAAGUCUUGGCCUACCUCACAUCUGUCUUCUGCGCUGCAUGAUUCACUGCACUAUCUGCAGCGGUCAUAUCCAGAGACGAAUUCGGGCUCGAGAGCGCGCAGGAAUCCCUACGUGUCUCCUCUUACUCUCGGGGUUAUGGACCUCGCAGAGGAUGGCGAGGACGUCUCGAAAGAAUUGCAGCGCCCGGCGGCCAAGAGCCGUCUUGAUAAUCUGCUCAACUCGCCUCCUAAAAAUGCGCUGACGCCUAUUAAUCGGAACCGCAUGGCUCCCGAAGCUAUCGAAACCUCACGCACCGUCUCCUUCCACAAUUUCCAUGAGGGAGUGCAGACCUUGAGGCUAGAGUCAGCCACCCCGAAGGCGGGUGCCAAGCCAAAAGUCUCGCCCUCCAUGCACCCGAGUGUGGCUCGAGAGCGUGGACCGAAAAGGCCUUCCAUACUGCGCGAAGACAUGCCACGGGGCCUCUCGGCCACGAGGGAAGAAGCGCGUCUUCGCGAGCGGCCAAUCGAGAGACUGAGACCCGAGGACUUCAAACCCAACCCUAGGUACAAUGAUGGUCUCACGUACGUCUACGAUGAAGUCGUUCGUGGUAAAGAUGCCCGCGCUGCACUGUCAGGGUGCAUCGACCCCAAUUGCUGUGGCAAGACCUUCAAGCACUUUGCUGAGGCCGAGCUCAAGGAGAUUGGUCCGUCCAUUAUGACUCGGGCUGAAGGUAUCAGCCUCAUGGAGAAAUACCUUGGUGAUGAGGCCUGGCAGAUAGGUACGGCGACACGGGAGGAGAAGGAGAAGAUUUGGGUUCUGGCGAAGACGUGGGAUUUGGCAAACAAAUUUGGAAAGCACCGGCAGAGGUACAGCAGGAUGCCCACGCCGCCAGGCUUCUGGAGUGUGGACUUUCCAAACACGCAAGAGCGGGCAGAGGAGUUGAGACAGGCGGAGGAAAUCCGCAAGGCCUUGGUGCGUGAACGGUACCGAGAGGCGAUGAGAUGUGAUGGAUCUUGGCUGUUCCGGGAUGAGGAACCUCGUUGA